GUGGCGAGAAAACCUCUUCCCGGCGCUUGUCUCCAGGACUUUCGUCUGCGAUUUAUAAUUAAAUCACAGUAACUCGGGACAGACCGAAAAAAAAAACGAAGAGAAAAAACAGAAAGCUAAAAAGAGAAUUCGGGGGAAAACAUAAAAAACCCCAACUGCAGUGAGGAGCAAAAUCAUUUUUAUUGACAUUCAUCUUAGUUGCUGUCACCCGUCGCCUGUCACGGAUCCCCUACCCCUCGGUGCACCCCACAACCCCACUUUAUAGCCCCCAAGUCCCUCGAUUCCCGAUUCCCGGUGCUCGUGUGUCGCGUGUUGCAAGUGCGUGGGUCCGCGACUCCCAUCAAAUCACUGGAUAUAUCAAGCGGUACGACACGCGCGCCGUUUUUGAUUUUUCGCUUAACGGCACAGAAAUUGGGUCUCGCUAAAAAGUACGGAAAAUCGGUGAAAAGAGGAAUAUACGGGCAACCAUCGGAAAAUCGGGUACACACAGGCACGCACUUGUAUUUUGUGUCUAAUGCAUUUGGCCCGUUUGGCCUAAGCAAUUCGGAGAUAUGUAAAUUAUGCCAAAUUCUAUUGGAAUUUUCGCCAGCGCCAGUGAAUUGGUAAACAGCAGCCGCUCCAGCAAGAGGAGCGGGGCGCAGGACUAAACAGGGCCAGCAGCCACAAGGACAGGAGCAACAGCAGCGGCAGCAGCAACAACAACACGAGAGAUUCGCUGGGCACUUCCUUUGAGUCAUCACUGCCGUCGAGCACUAUUUAAGAAUUCUUAAAAGGAUACCAGCAGCAGCAGGAGGAGGAGCAGCAGGAGAAGGAGCACCAGGACGGACCAACUUUCCACUCGAAGCAAAUUAAAAGAAAAGAACUCAGCCAAACUGGGGGAGGAGCACAAAAAACGGCAAAAUCAAUAGUGCCGAGGAAGUGUGGCCAAAGUGCUGAGUAAUGUGGAGUAAUGGAGACCUUUUUGCUGGCGGCGGCAACAUGAUGUGAAACAUGGCAAUCGAAUCAGCCAAAGCCAUUUAGGGUCAUCAAUUGCCAGGGUCGUGGAAAGCUCCCAACGAAGCCAUAUGCACCGCAGCAUGGAGCGCAGGAGGAACAGGACCCCGACGUCUCUGCCAGUCUGCUGGAUUCUACUAUGCCUGGUGGCCUGGACCUGGGCAGAUGACUGGUCGCUGAGCUGCGCCUCCAACUGCACCUGCAAGUGGACCAACGGCAAGAAGUCGGCCAUAUGCAGUUCCCUGCAGCUGACCACCAUUCCGAGCACGCUGAGCACGGAGCUGCAGGUGCUGGUGCUGAAUGACAACCACAUUCCGUACCUCAACCGGGAGGAGUUCUCCACUUUGGGUCUGCUGAAUCUGCAGCGCAUUUACCUCAAGAAGUCCGAGGUGCAGUACAUACACAAGGAGUCCUUCCGCAAUCUGAAGAUCCUGGUGGAGAUCGACCUGUCGGACAACAAGCUGGAGAUGCUCGACAAGGACACCUUCAUGGGGAACGAUCGUCUGCGGAUACUCUAUCUGAAUGGGAAUCCCCUCAAGCGUCUAGCUGCGUAUCAGUUUCCCAUUCUGCCCCACCUGCGCACCUUGGACAUGCACGACUGCCUGAUCUCAUACAUCGACCCCAUGUCCUUGGCCAAUCUCAAUCUGCUGGAGUUCCUCAACCUGAAGAACAACCUGCUGGAGAGCCUGAGCGAGUAUGUGUUCCAGCACAUGGCCAACUUGAAAACGCUCUCCCUGGAGGAGAAUCCCUGGCAAUGCAACUGCAAGCUGCGAAAGUUCCGUGGCUGGUACGUCAACAGUCGCUUGAGCUCCGUGAGUCUAGUCUGCAAAGGACCUCCGGCCCAAAAGGAUCGCUCCUGGGACAGCGUGGAUGACGAGCUCUUCGGCUGUCCACCACGAGUGGAGAUCUUCAACAACGAAGAGGUCCAAAACAUCGAUAUAGGCAGUAACACCACCUUCAGCUGCCUGGUCUACGGGGAUCCCUUGCCGGAGGUGGCUUGGGAGCUGAAUGGAAAGAUUCUGGACAAUGACAACGUGCUCUUCGACUCGGAAAGUAUCUCCUCGGACAAGCUGUGGAGCAAUCUCACCGUUUUCAACGUGACCAGUCUGGAUGCCGGAACCUACGCCUGCACGGGCUCGAAUUCGAUCGGCAGCAUGACCCAGAACAUCAGUAUCUACCUAAGCGAGAUAGUGCAGCACGUGCUGGAGAAGACCCCUGAGACCUUCUGGUACUUUGGCCUCAUCAUGGGCAUCUUCGGAACCAUCUUCCUGCUGAUCUCCAUCUCCUUUGUCGUCUGCCUGUGCAAACGAACCACCCGGCAGCAUCGUCAUGCCAACAAGGCUGGGGUCAAGUCCAGCGUCAGCUUCAAUGAUCAGGAGAAGAAACUGCUGGACUCGAGUGUCACCACCACCACCAAUGAUCGAGGUGACAGCUAUGGCAUCGACAACCAGCCCACCUCCAUUGGCAUGAACAAGGCGGACUCAGCUGGAAUGGGAUUCAACCAGAUAGAGAUCCAUGCGGUGGAGAGUCAUCGCCAUGGGAGUAUGUUAGUACAGCAGCCUCCGCAACAGCAGCAGAUUGCAGGCGGUCCUGGAAUGCGGCAGCAGCUGAUGCAGGUCAAGGACCCAACCUGCGGCAUGAUAAGUGUGCCCACCUCGAUGGCAGGCCAUGCCCACUCGCAUCCUGCCCAGAUCUCCGAGGAGUUCCCGCUAAGCGUGGGCGUCUUUCCACCGCCGCCAGAGUUCUGCUCGAACAUAGUCCCGAAUCCCGCUUUCGGGGGAAAUAUCUUCAUCCGAGUGUCGGUCACGCAAGACAUGCUGGACGGAGCGGACUUGAACAUGUAUCCGGAUCUUCUGAAUAUCCCCAAGAGGAUGCAGGACGUGCAGGAGAGUGGUGCUGGUACAGUUGCCGUGCCAGAGGGCCAGUUCGCCACUUUACCGAGACAUGCCGCCAGAAGGGGCAUUCUCAAGAAGGACUCUUCGCUGCAGCAACAACAACAGCAGCAGCAGCAGCAACAGCAGCAGUCACUUCAGCAGCAACAGCAACUUCAACAGCAACACCAACAACACCAGCAACAUCAGCCAUCCGGACUCUAUACCCAUGAUGAAAUCGUGACCUACAACCUCGAGGCCAGUGGCUAUGACCCCCACCAGUCGGCGUAUCACAGCAAUGCCAUGGAGCUGCCACCACCACCACCUCCGCCCGCCGUAACAGCGGUGGUGCAGUGCCACCACCCGAGCCCCAGCAACUGUGCCAGCUGCAUCAACAAUGCACCGCCGCCGCCCUCCGCCUGCCAGACGCCGCCCAUCGAGGUCACGCCCAUGAGGCCGCUGGACAGUUCCGCCUACCCCAAGUACGACAACAUGGGUCGGCGGAUCACCGCGAGCGGGGGACUCGGUGGAUCCUCUCUUUCUCUGCCCGACGAGGAGCGAUACGAGAACGAGACGCUUUUCGGCCAGGCGGAGGGUCAAGCCAAGGGUAUCUCUGAGCAGUCGAAGGAUCUUCAUCAGCCGCAGGAGGCGGUUCAGGGCCAGGACAAGGGCGGCGGCCCUGGGGAGUUCGUGUCGCUCUAGUAUUACGGUACCCAGGUGUAAAUAGGUCAAUAGAUUCGUGUCCCCACAGCCCCCGGGAAACCCUUGGCAAUCGUUUAGUUCAUAUCAGUUUGAGAGGCGAGUGCUCCAAAUGGACAUAUGCAUGUGUAGAAACCCACACAAUCUAUUGACUGCAUCUCAGAAUCCUGACCCUAAAACCGAAGAGCAAUUCCCGCAGAAUCAAAAGGAAGCACUGGCAGACUGUUUGGGUUUUCAGUUUAAGAUUUGGUUAGUCUUCAAUUCUGCAUAACAAAAUAUUCGAUUUUUGAGUUUAUUUUAAAUAUCUGACUUAAGUUUAUUAUCUGUUCGAGUUCUUUCAAGUAUAGAAAUGGUUUUCAGUUUGUUUAAACAUUAAACCUAAUCCUUAAAGUGUAAAUCCAAACAUGGCAGUCAUCCAACCCCAAUCAAAGUCACAGAGAAUUUGAGAAUGUUAAGUUAACAGCGAGAGAAGCAAAGAUAACAUUUAUUUUCCAUUCGGAUUGCACUGUCAGACUAGAUACCGUUAUAGUAUAUACUUCUAAUUAAUACUCCAUUAGAGAUCUCCAUACUGUCCCGAUCCUAGCUAGCAUUCGAUAGUAGUCCACUUGAAGUCUGUACCUCUGUAGAGCUCGAGAUAGGGAUGUAUUCUAGAAGGUAUAGCGACCAAAACUGAUCUUCAUAAGGUGUAUAGUACGAUUAAUCGCAUUUGUAAUGGAUCCGUAGCUGGAUCUAUAUUGCUUCUGGGGUGCUAGAGCAACCCUCAACGUUUUAGAGAUCAGACACUGAAUAGGCGCAGAACGAUAUCUAUAGAUAUGCAUCUACGAGUAUAUAACACGUUAGCCCGAUCUAUUAUGCCCCAUAUAUUCGCCCAUAUAACCAUCCUCGAUGUGCAAUGGAUACAUAAGUACUUUAUCUAGUUUUUAGCCCCUCAACCCCCCAGCCACGUAAACUAGUUCCUUUCUUGUACAUAUGUAAAUGUAUUCCUAAUCGCUUAAGGACUUUUAAAUCAAAAUAAUUUUAUGCUCACUACUCACCUCUACCCGACGAAGUACCGCAUAUAACACAACAAAGUCGUGCCAAAUGUUUUUAAGGUCUGUUUUAACCUGUUAAGCCCGUUAGAGCCCCCUUUCGAUUACGUAACCGUAGGACUUGCCUAACUCCUGGUACCUCUGAUUUGGUCAGUCUCUCUACUAGCAUCCUCGUUUUCCCACUCGGAACCCUUCCAGUAGACCAAAGCUAAAUUUGAAUAAAGUACGACUCUAACAUUACGUAACAUAUAUCUAUAUAUAUAUACACAUAUACAUCUGCAUAUGUUUGUACUUGUGUGUAAUCUGAAUGUAGAAAGAAAGAAGAAAACCAAAUACGACCCAAGCGAGGCUAUAUCGAUGUGUAUAUCUGUAUAUCUUAUAUAUAGUGCAUAUAUAGUAUAUAUAUUUAUCGAGAUCUAUGUAUGUAGAGGAGGAGCACACAGGAACAGAGGCCGGAGAGCGCAUUAAAUGGAUUUUUUGUGUCUGUAGAAAGUUUCAAAUUCGAGCUUGGUAAUGUAAAAGUAAGCUAUAGAAGUCAAUAUAAGUACACGAUAAAUUCCACUUACAUGACCACGCCCUCUCACCGCCCCCCUUCCAUCCGCAUGAUGAAUGUGUCUGUCUGUGUGUGAGUGAAAGUAUGUGUGUGUGUGCGGAAUAAUUAAACACAUGAAUGCAAUGAAUUACUAUAAUAAUUAUGGGAAAGUAUGCAGGCAAAUAUUUGCACAACUUCCAUGAGAUUUUACCCCCGUCACCCCGUAGCUGCCCCUUUAUUUGUUUUAUCGCCGCUGUUGUUGUUGUUUUUGUUUAAUGUGUGCCGAGUGCCGAGCGAAGGGAUUUUUGUAUUUUGGUAUUAUGAACUGAGCCAGAGCAAAUUUGCACGGCGCACACAAAACACGGCAAACAGAACAUUCUAGUUUAAACUGAACAACAGAAUCCCCCCUUUCUUCCUGCGUACCUCAUUUUUGACAGCGCAGAAUGAAUGAUUCAAUCAAAGCACCAUUUGUCCGCUCUAAUGGACGGGAUCUGAAUCUGAAACUGAAACUGAACCUGCAUCCGGAAGGGCGGACCCUGUACAUAGGCCAUUUUAAUUACAACAUCAUACCCGCGCAGACAGAGCCAAUAUUUUAUUUAUUUUAAAUCGUUUUAACUAAUUAAAACCAAAUGGAAACCGCCAACAGGGCGAGAGCAAAAGACAAGUGUAAACACGCAAAUAGAGUAAUGGGUAAUGAGAAUAAUGAGAGCCCCGACUAGAGGAAAUUUAAACUAUGCUUUUAACUACGUCUCCCAUUUCCCAUUUCCCAUUUCCAAGUUCCCACUUACCAUUUCCCUUUUCCCACGACCGCCACGGACAGAGAUGGAAACGUAACUAUGAUUUUAAUUACUCUGCUUGAAUGCAAAUGGAAGGCACACACAGAUCCGGAUACCUAAAUGCGAAAUGUAUCUGAAUCCGCAUAUCUGGCUAUCUGGUAUCUGGGUAUCUGCAUCUGUUGUCGGUGCAUGUGGCAUCCAUUGAAGGGCCGAAAAAGCGGUAAAAUUAACUUUUUAUGAGCGCCGCAGAGUGCUGGCAAAAUAAAUUAAAUUCGAAUGAUGAAUAGUAGUAACAAAUUUUGUACAAUACCAUAAAAAACGCAUUGCAUAUUGCAUUUUAACUUGAAUUCCAUUCAAAAGCUGAAAUUAGCCAAAUCCUACGAGCCACACAGAGUCACAGAAUCCAUCACGAACGAGAACACUUGUAUACUCGUCUACGCAUUUAUAAAUACAAAACAUCCCGACAGGACGGGACAGGACAGGACACGGCGAGUACAGUUGUCGACAGGACGGCACAGGACACACGGAUACGGACACGGACACGGACACGGACGUGGACACGGACAUGCCAGGACAGACAGGAAAAAACGAACAUUUAACAAACAAUAUAACCGAGAAUACAUUGUAAUAGCAUUAAUAGAUUGUCAAGCUUUAUUACACACUAUAUUAACAUAGAUGGAAUAAUAAUAAUUAUUAUUACAGUAAUAAUACGAGUAACAGACAAAGAACACAAAGAGAAAUAUGAAUAAAUUUAA